AUUUUCCGGGCGUCCGAUUUCGCAACCCUUGAGAGGUCAAUCAGUACCGUAUGCUGGACAUAUUUUGUUGCAAUAUUCUAUUGUUUCUCAGGGCGUGCGGACAGGUCCUUCCCACUCAUGAACUGCUACUCAUUAGCAACACCGGCAUUACGCAUAACCACAACCUCAGCUUCUCGUCAAAUCCUCGCCCUACGCUCAAUAGAAUCGCACAUCCCCGCAGUCUGUUGGUCGACGACGUUCCGUGGUCAACACCGCCGCAAUCUGUGUCGGUCUUCCAGGAUGGACGCCAAGUUUGCCCCUGCGAAGCGCGUCGCAGGUCAGAAGCAGGAUGUUUGGAGUAUAGUCAACGAGGCGGCUGCCGCGUCUCCUGUGCAGCCCAUUGUGAAUAUGGGGCAGGGGUUUUUUGGUUAUAACCCUCCUCAAUUCAUCCUCGAUGCUGCAAAGUCGGCACUUGACCGUGUCGAUUGUAACCAGUACUCCCCCACGAAAGGCAGACCGAGACUGAAGAAGGCCAUUGCCGAUGCUUAUUCACCGUAUUUUGGUCGGACUCUCAACCCCGAGACGGAAGUCACUAUUACUACGGGGGCCAAUGAGGGCAUGCUAAGCGCAUUCAUGGGCUUCAUCGAGCCAGGCGACGAAGUGAUCAUCUUUGAGCCCUUUUUCGACCAGUACAUCAGUAACAUCGAGAUGCCGGGCGGGACGAUUCGUUAUGUGCCCAUGCAGCCGCCGAAAGACGGCGCAGAGCGUACAUCGUCAGCGUCGAACUGGACGAUCGACUUUGACGAGCUGGAGCGCGCGUUCAACGACAAAACGAAAAUGAUUGUGUUGAACUCGCCGCACAAUCCUGUGGGCAAAGUUCUGAGUAAAGAGGAACUUACGCGAAUUGGAGAUCUGUGCCUCAAGCAUAAAGUCAUUAUUUUGAGUGAUGAGGUGUAUGAUCGAUUAUACUACGUGCCGUUCACCAGAAUUGCUACUUUGUCGCCGGAAAUCGCGAAGAUUACAUUGACGGUGGGGAGCGCGGGCAAGAAUUUCUACGCAACGGGCUGGCGGGUUGGUUAUUUGAUCGGCCCACCAGAGUUGAUCAAGUAUGUCGCCGCGGCGCAUACGCGGAUCUGUUACAGCAGUGUUAGUCCCUUACAGGAGGCUGCGGCGAUUGGUUUCGAAGAGGCGGAUAAAGUUGGAUUUUGGGAUGCUGCGAAGAAGGAAAUGAAGGGCAAGAUGGAUCGGUUUUGCGAGGUAUUUGAUGAGUUGGGCAUUCCCUACUCGGUGCCCGAGGGCGGGUACUUUGUGCUGGCGAACUUAAAGAGGGUGAAUUUGCCAGAGGCAUACUCAUUUCCAGACCAUGUCAAGGAUCGGCCGCGGGAUUUCAAGAUGUCGUGGUUUCUGAUCAUGGAGUUGGGGGUUGCGGCAAUUCCGCCGACCGAAUUCUAUACGGAUGAGAAGGCGCAUUUGGCGGAGGAUUGGAUGAGGUUUGCAGUCUGUAAGAACGAUGAUAUCCUGGAGGAUGCGAAAGGAAGGUUGAGGGGAUUGAAGAAGUAUAUGGCUUGAUCUGGGGACAGGAGUGGGUGCACGUGAGGGAGCUGUGUUGUAGACAAAGUCGAUAGACACGUCAAGGGGCGAUGUAAGACUAGACUCCAUCAUGUCAGUGCUCAUGUACUUGCGUGCCGUGCUUCUGAAAUCGCGAGUGGUGGAAUGAGUACUGACUUUGGAGCGACGAAAGGAUCUAGCUACAUGCUCAAUAAUGAUCG